AUGGAGGACCUGGUCAUGACUUAUGAGGACGAUGAUGGGACUGUUAAGUUUCUACCUGGGUACAUGUUUGAUCCCACAGACGACGUUCUUGUAGAAUUCUACCUGAAAAGAAGGGUCUUUGGUCAACGUCUUCCAGUUCAAAUCAUCUCCGAUUUCGAUGUGUUUCAAACCGAGCCUUGGAGUCUACCAAGAGGAGAUCGAAAUAUUUUCAAUGAGCGCAAGCUCUUUUUCAACAACACUAUGGGUCGUGACCUUGAAAAUAUUGACAAGAGAGUUGCUGGGAAUGGCCAAUGGAGAGUUAUUGAGAAAGCAAAAUGUGUUCCUAUCCCUGGAAAUAAUGAGAUGGCAAAUUGGGCUGUGUAUCGCAUCUUUCAGAAUAAUGAUGAAAAGAAGCUGAUGAAUAUAAAAGGGUCUAAUAUGGAAAGCUCGAACACUGAGAGUGACAUAUUCUCACAACCUCCCCCAAUUACUCCUUAA